AUGAAUAGCAAUGAAUGUCAAACGGUUCUGGAAGGUUGUCAACAGGUUGAAGAAGUAGCUUGUGAAAAUAUAAUGGUCAAUAAAAUAGCUCAGAUGAACACAGAUAGUUGUGUCAAGAAUCUGAUUGCUACGUUAAAAGAAGAUUGUGAGCGGCAACAAAGUGAUCUUUGGGAACUCAAUAAACAAGUUCAAAUAUUUCAUGAACUGUUUAAUUCAGUACAUGGUGUCGUCAAUGCGGCUCUUCAUGGUUUCGAUUCUUUGCAUGAACCUAAACCGCUUGUUAAAGAAUAA